AUGCCUUUUGGAUUUUUGCUAGUGACGUGUUUGAUAGCUUUCGGAACGUAUUGGGCAACUAAAUAUGCCUUAAUGGAAGGCAGCUUUUUUGGUAAUACCACCAGUAGUGCAAUUACUACAACCACAACUACUCCUAAGUAUGAUGAAGAGGGUGGUUAUGACGGUAGUGGUGAUGUAAAAGAUGAUUUCGGUAGCGGUUCAGGUGGUAAUGAGUUGAAAGUGGUUAAUGAAGGCAGUGGUAAUGUAAUUGAUACUAUUACGCCCGAGGUUAGAGUUGGUACACCGAGAUUGGAAUCUGGCUUAGCACCUGUUAGAACUACAGUUCCACCAGAGAAUGUGACGAGCAGAAGAAUUCUCGAUAUAUUUGAAGAUGAAUCGAUGCUAUUACCACCAAUGUAA